UCACUUUAAAACGUAAAGUAGAAUGGUCAUACUUUUUUAUUGUGAGAUCACAUGGACCUUGACCCUUGAGAGAAGGUAUAUAUACAGCUGUUGAUGUCAUCGCAAAUACUCUUUAAACUCUGUCUCUUCAGUUUUUUUUUUUCUAUACUUUUCUUUCAAAAGAAGGAAAAAUAAAAUAAAAGUGAUGAUCAUAACAGUUCUUCAUUCUCUUGUCUCGUUUUAUUUCAUCAUCAUCCCAACCCUCAUCUUCUUCCAUGGAAGUAACGGUGCUACAAUAACUAUCGUAAACCGAUGCAGCUUCACUGUCUGGCCUGGAAUUUUACCCAACUCAGGAAGUGGGGACAUAGGAACCACUGGUUUUGAGUUAGCCUCUGGUGGUGCACGUUCCUUCCAAGCUCCAGCAAGCUGGUCUGGUCGGUUUUGGGCAAGAACUGGUUGUAACUUCGACUCUCAAACAGGCCAAGGCACUUGCUUAACCGGUGACUGCGGUUCCAACCAAGUAGAGUGUAACGGCUCAGGAGCCAAACCACCCGCUACACUAGCCGAGUUCACAAUCGGGUCAGGUCCAGAAGACCCGACCCGAAAACAAGACUUCUACGACGUGAGCCUUGUGGACGGAUACAACGUCCCUAUGGUAGUUGAAGCUAGUGGAGGGUCAGAAGGUAACUGUUUGACCACAGGAUGCGUAACGGAUCUAAACCAAAGAUGUCCAGCGGAGCUCCGGUUCGGAUCCGGGUCAGCAUGCAAAAGCGCGUGCGAAGCGUUUGGUAGUCCAGAGUAUUGUUGUAGUGGCGCGUACGCUUCACCAACCGAGUGUAAACCGUCCAUGUACUCGGAGAUAUUCAAAACAGCGUGUCCUAGAUCGUACAGCUACGCGUUUGACGAUGCUACGAGUACGUUCACAUGCACUUCUGCAGAUUAUACCAUCACUCUUUGCCCUUACUUGCCUAGCCAAAAAUCUGCAGCUAAUGGGUGGAGAGAGGGCAGUGGAUCUGCAGGAAGCUCACCGUCUCCAUUGUCUACGUGGUUAUCUGAUGUAUUCAGUUCUGGCUCAUCAUAUAUUCAUAAAUCUUCCAAAUAUUUACCCAUCUUUUGUUGUAUUUUUCUUUUUCUUUGGUGGUUUUGAUUUAUGUUUAUGUUUCUCAUUUCCGGCUUCCGGGUGUGUAUAUCUGCUGCAUCCUAUUACAUUUAUAUGUUUCAUGAUUGUGCACACUAAUGGACAUAUAACCACACUGUUGAUUUGUAUUUUUGAACGCACUACAAGAUAAUGAUAACCAUGCGCAAUAUGGAAACUAACCCCUAAAAGUAUCUCUAUCCCAAACUGUUUGAAAAAUUACUAGAAAAGGUUCUCAAGAUUUGUGAUAUCCAACUAUUAUUUCAGAGUAUUAUUCUUGAGAACCCAUUUUAUUAAAUUUGUUAUGAGAAUGCUCUAAGUUCCGGCAUAGAUUGCAUCUCAAAUAGGCCAUUACAGUUUUAGUUACAAUUACAACGUAAGAUCGUAACCAAUAUACCAAAUGCAAAAAAUAUGAGACGAUGAGUGUUUUAGUCAGAAAGUUUGCGGGUGGCAUUUUGCUAUUGUUAUGUAUAGAGUUUAUUGGAGCCGAGUGAGAAAGUGGUUGCAAUACUCGAGAAAUGUCGUCAUAAUUCAUCUAUAAAAAAAUACAACUAAGUGGAAGAACUUAUCUGAUGAUAACUAACAUAUAACGUAUAAUGGCCUUUUUUUGGUUUGUACUUUGUAUACAAAUGGUGUAUCCUAUUAGGAUUACAUUGAUGAUGGAGAGAUGACGAGAAAUGCAAAAAAGAGAAGUGAAAAAAUAAAUAAAAAAGAGCAAAAGGAGGAAAGAA